AGUGGGUGUCCGUAUUUGUGGCACAGCACGGAGUUGAGUGACGGGAUAAUUAACCAUCUUGAAACCCGCCGACACUAAAGCGGCUAUGGCCCUGGGACCUGCGCCACACACUAGUAACGCCGAUCACACCAGUGCCGAUAAGGAGCCGCCUUGCAUUCUAGGCUUCCGCCAAUACUGUGUGUAGCCCCCAAUGUCGCUCACGAUUUGCAUGUGCAAGCGGCGUCCAUGAAGCUUCAAGGCCAUUGAGUUUGAGAUGGGGAAGCAAUCUAAUUGAAGACUCGAACUCGACUUCCUGGGGAACCUUUGUUGGGUAGUCGGACUCGGGCAAACUCAGCUGCGUUGAGAGCUUAGACACACACCAUCCGACGAGACGAAUCUCACAUCAAAACAAUUGAAACGAUGCGCUUCCUCUGCCUUCACGGUCUGGGGACCAACUCCCAGAUUUUUGAGACCCAGACUGCCGCCCUCCGCUACGAGCUAGGCGACUCCCACACGUACGAGUUCGUCGAGGGCACGCUCCCAACGUCCAUGGCGCCCGAGUUCGCCAACGUGGCCUCACCGACCGACGACUUCUUCGCCUACGCCGACUUCGACGACCUCGCCAGCUGCCUGGCCGCGCUGGACCAGCUCGACGCCUACAUCGCGGCCGAGGGCCCCUUCGACGGCCUGCUCGCCUUCUCGCAGGGCGCCACCAUCGCCGCCACCUACCUUGCCCACGCCCACCGGACGGGGAAGGAGCUGCCGUUCAAGUGCGCCGUGUUUUUCAGUGCCGGCGGCGUGUUCGACGUUGACUUGCUGGCUGCGGGGGAGGUGAAGCUGUUGACGCCGGAGGAGGUCGGCGAGGUGAUUACCAUCCCGACCGCACACAUUUGGGGUUUGCAGGAUAAUACCCCCGUGCAAUCGGCUGCGGUUGGGGCUGUAUGUGCGGGUGAGAAGAGGCAGGUGUUUCUGCACGAGGGGGGCCAUGAGAUUCCGGGCGUGCGGAGUCCGGCGGAUGUCAAGGGCAGUGUAAGGGCUAUGCGGAGGGUUAUUUCGAUGGCUGCUUGAGGGAUGCAUUUGUGUAUACUUGAGCUUCAGUCACCCUCUACAAGUUGCAAGUCCGCUUUGCCAGGCUGAGUUGAAUUGUAUGUCAAGUGUUCGUGGCUACUACUACUCUCGUAUAUCUUACAUCCAUGCCGCCAAUUCCACCUGCGGCAAAGUAAAGUUGGCUGCAAAAAAAGGAUAUGGAGCUAAGAUCAGCAUAAUUCCCGUUCUGUAUUAAUCACAU